GCGUGUGUGACCUGUGGGACGAGGAGAAGAAUGACUGGAAGGGCCCGGAGGAGAUGAAGGAGCGUUUGAGGUACUGCCACAAUACAGCCUCGACAGUGGAAGAGAUCGCGGAAGCCCUUCCGGUGGGGUGGAGGCUCAUCCUGCGUAAAGGUCAAUCGUUGCAAGAAGGGGACUGGGUGUCCAAGGACGGAUGGACGGAUAGAGUGGGUAUGGUCCACUUAGUACGAACGGGGGACGCACUAAUAGAAUGGUAUAGUGUAGGAGCAGGGGGACAGCUAGUGGGAAGCCGGGAUCCCUUACAAUGGGUACCAAAGGUGACCCUAUACAGGAUCAGAACGAUAGGGGAAGGGGAGAACCGGAGGGCGUUCAUGCCGGAGAUACCCAUUCAGGACCUCCCGCUAGACCCGCUGGAGUGGAUCUGGACCUAUGAAGCACGCCGAAAAACGGGGCAGUCAGGCUCCAUAGCGUUGGCAGAUCUUACAGUACGUGUCGAGAGCGAGGAAAGGAUCGAGCAGUUUAAACAACACAUACAGAUGAAACUUGAGUACAGAUGGAAAUCCACCAAGCUCACCCUCGACACCCUCCACAGUGCAAAGGACAUCGGGGAGAGGAUAGGACAGUUUUUUAAAGAAUGGCUGGGAGGUGAGCGAGAGGGGUGGGUAGCAGAGUUGAGCUGGUCAGGGGACGACAAGGGUGAGGAGGACAAAGAAGAUGGACGAGGAGAAAGGACGGUGCCACGGGAUUACCGAUUAAAGUUCAAGGACUGGUUGUCCAUCGACUGCAGUGUACCCUUGAGACCGGCAGAGGACUUCCCGGAUCCAUUCCCGCCCCACCCUCUCUCUGGAUCUGCGCCAGGUGGGAUGACUCCACGUUGGCGGCCCGAUGGAGGAAACCGGCUAGAGGAAAGAUGGACAGUCCCUUCGAGUGCACGGGAGAUUUCAACGCUGAAAGAACGUAACGAGUCGCCCCCCUCGACCCCCGUCCGGGGAAAGCGCGGAAGCGGCGCCGAGAACCGUCCGCCAAGGGCCCCGGAAAAAAAAUCGCGGGAUGAUAGAAGCGCGACUAUGCACCGCAGAACAAAGAAGAGAAUAUCCUACAAAGACGAUAGAACAGUGAAGACAAUCGAUAUUAGAGGGUCUGACGACAGGCACAGCGGACCCCAAGUGGAAGAAGAGGAGGAACACGACCAUUCCGCGCUAGAGAAGUCAGAUGGUGCGGAGGACGAGGAGCCAGGAAACGAGGGAGACGACAACGAUUCUUCCCGCAGACAAUCACAAGACACCGAUGAGGACGACGACAGCGACGGCAAGUCGGCCAGCGAGAGAACCGGCGAAGACCAGAGCGCCGCUUCGGAAAGAGGUGGUUCGCCAUUUCCUUCGAGGACACUGCGCAGAGAAGGAGAACGGCAGGCACGCAAUGGCAGCGACACCGAGGAGCGUGUCGGUGACAGACAAAUCGUACAGCACGUCAGCACCGCCGAAAAAGUGCACGCAAGCGGCGGAGCCGUGCAAGGACCGAAGGACGAGGGCGCCGCAUUCGCGAAGAAAAUGAAGGGCAAGCUGUUGCGUUCCGUCGCCAAAGCCUUUGCGUUCUCUGCGGCAAACGAGGCAACUCUGUACCCGACAGAGGACGCGUUUUUCGCGGCGGUGCAAGCAACGGCGAAACUGGCAGGGGGGACAGCAGAGGAAGGGUUGCGGUCUCACAUAGCAGAGUGCGGGAUUCGAGCUGUCAUAGGGGAAUGCAACAGAAUGAUGACGACGAUCCGCUGAGAGAUUACAUGGCAGCUGAAACAUUGGUUUUGGGCUGAAAAAGGGAUUCCGCAGCUGAAACAU